UUUUUUCUUUGACACACCUCUCUACACUCUACUAUACACCACCAGUAUACGCUCUCUAUAACCACUACAAACAAGAUAUACAUCAGAUUAACAUUAAAUUAGCAGUAUCUCGCGUGCAUUCUCUGCAAAAUCUCUCUCUCACACACAUACAUAAAAACACACAAAAACACACAGUCGAUGGACAAAGAAAAAGAUAAGUUACACACCCGUUUUCCAAUGACCUAAAGCAUUCCCUUUUCCCUUUGGCUUUCAUCAUCGUCAUGGUUAAUACUUGGACUUAUACUACUAGUACAUAGGUUUUUCAGUAAAAAGGGCUGAAAAACACCCCUUUUGUAAGCUUAAAACUCGGGAGAAAAUCUCUCUCUCUCUCUCUCUCUCUCUCUCUCUCUCUCACACACACACACGCAGACAAACAGACAUCAAAGAACUCAAUUCUCAAUUAUGCUCUUAUCUUUGCACAUGAACAUAAGUUGAAACCCUUAAAAAGAGAGAAAUGGAUGGUGGUGGUGUAGGUACAUCUUGUCUGAUGGGGUUUGGAGAUAACAUCAACAUCAAUCGAAGCAGUAGUGGUGAUAAUAAUAACUGCAUUGGAUCGCUGUGUCUUCCUCCUACUCCUGUUAUAUACAACAAUACCGUAAUUUUUUCCACUCACGAUCAUCAUCAUAGCAACUGCGGUGCUUCCUCUUCUGCUAUGAUGCUUGAAGACAACAACAAUGGCAACAUUAACGAUGGAGGAGGCUUAGCCUUCAUCUCCUCGUCAUCAUGUUCUUCAUCUGUUAAGGCGAAGAUCAUGUCACAUCCUCAUUACCCUCGUUUGUUAUCAGCUUAUCUGAACUGUCAAAAGAUAGGCGCACCACCCGAAGUAGUUGAAAGAUUAGAAGAAGCCUGCCGAGCGUCGGUGAUGGCUGCAAUGUCUGCUAGUUCCGGCGGCUCUGGUGGCGGUGAUGGCGGUGGAGGUACGAGUACGACCUCUGUCGGACAAGAUCCAGCUCUCGAUCAGUUCAUGGAAGCGUACUGUGAGAUGUUAAUUAAAUAUGAGCAAGAACUCUCGAAACCCUUCAAGGAAGCCAUGCUUUUUCUCUCAAGGAUCGAGACCCAGUUCAAGGCCAUCUCUUUUUCUCCUUCAGAUUCCGGUUGUGGUGAGGGAGGCAUGGAUAGGAAUGGAUCAUCCGAAGAAGAUCUAGAUGUUGAUGUAAGUAACAAUAUGGUUGAUCCUCAAGCUGAAGAGCGAGAGCUGAAAGGUCAGUUAUUGCGAAAGUACAGUGGGUACUUAGGAAGUUUGAAGCAAGAGUUCAUGAAGAAGAGAAAGAAAGGGAAGUUGCCCAAAGAAGCUCGUCAACAGUUGCUUGACUGGUGGACCCGACAUUACAAAUGGCCCUACCCUUCGGAAGCUCAGAAGUUGGCUUUAGCUGAAUCAACAGGGCUAGAUCAAAAGCAGAUAAACAACUGGUUCAUAAACCAAAGGAAGCGUCACUGGAAACCAUCUGAGGAUAUGCAGUUUGUGGUAAUGGAUGCUGCUCAUCCUCAUUAUUACAUGGACAAUAUCUUUGGGAAUCCUUACCCCAUGGACGUGUCACUUCUCUAGAUGCAUAUAAUGAUGGAUAUCAUAAAAACUACUAUGAAGGAAUGGGAGUGUAUAUGAUCUCAUCUGAAGGGUUUUGCAUGUUGUUGUUACGUAUUAUGCUUGUUAUUUAUGAUUUUACGUUUAUGUAAUGUAAGACACAAUCAGUAGUAAGCUAUGUAUAUGUAUGUGAUGUUUAAUU